CGCCUCAACCCCCAAAAACCCUCUUCCUUUCUGUUUAUAACACCACCCGAUUGCUCUUUCUCGUACUGGGAUCUCGUUCUUUCUGCUCAGAAAACAAAAAUGAGUGAAUCAAAUCGCCAGACAAAUGGCAGAGAGACUAGAUCAGGACAGAAGGACGCCAAGCAGCUGCAAUUCUCUGAAGAUGAAGAAUUUCUCAUUGCCAGGAUGUUUAGCUUGGUUGGAGACAGAUGGGCCAUUAUAGCAGGGAGAAUCCCAGGGAGGAGCGCGGAAGAGAUUGAGAAGUAUUGGACCUCUAAGUGCGGUUCGUCAAGUGAGACCUCGCGUCAUCGCGCUGCGUGAUUGUUGUAACCACUGUACCAUCCAUCGCACUUUGAUGAGAUUAUGGGCUUGAGUCUAACUAUGACAUAUUUUUAUGCCAGUCUUUAG